UGAAAGCAAAACAUUUGGUUUGUUAUUACAGUCACUGUUAACGUUUGAUUGUGUAAUCAUUCAUUGGAUUAGUAUUGGGAUUAAAGACAACAAGAAAUGUCUGAGUACUGGAAAUCACUUCCCAAGAAGUACUGCGAUUUCUGCAAGUGUUGGUUCGCUGACAACAAAGCCAGCGUUGAGUUUCACGAAAGAGGUUUCAGACAUCAGUUGAAUGUGAAGCGAAAACUACAAGACUUGCAAAAGAAGGGAUCAAAGCAGGAGAGAGAGGACCAGAAAUACAACAUAGAAAUGAUGAAAAUAGAGUCCCAGGCCAUGAAGGCCUUCCACACCGAUGUCAACCAAAACCCGAGUCUCGCCAAAGAGUUGGCCACAAAUAUCUCGUUAUUCAAGAAGAGCACCAAAACCGAGUCGACCGCCAAAUCUUUGGGCCGUUUCGGUGAAGACUCGUCCGCUUCCGAAGAGAGCUCCACUUUAGUGGUCGGACGACAACGAGCUCUCGAAACCAUCGCUAAGAAGAUGGAGAAGAAGAGUAAAUGGUUGGAG